UUUUCGUAUUAGGAACGAUAACUCCGUAAUUAUUUUGACACGACAACUUCCUGUGGAAAAGUAAAGCUUAAAUCAGACUUUUCACAUUAAUCCAACACAAUGGAUCUCGAGAGAUUUCUCCCAGAAGCAUUUAAGAAAGUUCCUCUACAUAUGGAUUUUGAAGGACAAAAAAGAGCAGAAAGAUUAUUUCAAGUCAUAAUUUUAGUCUUUGGGGUAGUUGGAUUUGGUUGGGGAUAUAUAUGUCAACAGUUUUCACAGACCAUGUAUAUAUUGAUAGCUGGAUUUAUAUUAUCUUGUUUGUUAACCUUACCACCAUGGCCAAUGUUCAGAAGAAUGAACAUUGUUUGGCAGAAAUCUGUAGAAACAGUGGAAUCAACAGACCAACAAAAAGCAAAGAAGAAGAAAUAAACAUUUCACAGUUUUUCAUUUGUUGUCAUUAAAUUUGUAAAAAAAUGUAUGGUACAUAAAUCUUGGUCAUCAGUGUCUGACUUUGUGGAACUGGAUCAUCAUUGUGUUUGAAUGCUGAGAACUUGAUCAUUAGAAUGUUUGGAAUCAUAAAAAGUGUAUACUGUAAAGUGUUCCAGUUUUCAUAGUGCUAAGAUUUCUAUUUUCAUAAUGUAACUUCAAGAACUGUGUAAAAAAUAUAGAACUAUUGAAACUUGUUCCUACUUCUAGAUAUUUGGUAGAUAGACACAUAAGGUAUAAAUCAACGGUACAAGGUUUUGUUUAAUACCAAAAGAUCUGCAUUUACAGUUUAUUUAUAAAUAAAUCUUGAGAUCAUUAAUGAGCAAAAAAUAAGACUUAGUGUGUAACACAAUUGAAUGUAUAUUUCCUUUGGAAAAAAAUCUUUGUAUUUUAAUACAUCGCCAUAUUUAUUUGUAUUAAAGAUGAGUAAUUGUGCAAUAAAUAUUAUUGGACCAGA